AUGAUGGUUCAAUACAUAACCGAAAAUAUCAUCCGGUCCACGCAUACCAUCACGGUGAAGACCGCCGUACCGCGCCAAAUGCUUCCGAUCAAGAAGCUGAACGUGCUGAACGCGGAGUGGACCUUCUGCAGCUCGUUCCAGCGGGGUGAGGUCUCGAUAGCGCUCCUGCUGGACUACUACAAGGGGAAGGACAAUGGCGUGUGGGCCGGCCUGCACGGUGAAAUCGUCAACGGCAACGGCUACCUGAUGAAGGAGAUGACGAAGAUGUACUUGAUUCGGCCGGGGCAGAAUCUCUACCUCAACAUGCGCCUGUUCCCGGAAAGCUACUACAAGCGCCGAUCCUCGAACGGCCGUGGCCAUCUGCCGAAGGGUUGCUUCCAUGUGCGCAUCACUACCACACUGGCGUACGGUUGGUCCAAGCUGCAGUUGGAGCACUUCCUCGCGAACAACAACACCUUGCUGCAAUCCGUACCGUGGCCGACGUACGCGGACCGCGUCGUGGCCGGCGAUCCCGACUGCACGAUCUCGUUCGUGGACGGAAAGCAGUGUUUCGUGAACAAGCAGGGUUUGCUGGACAAGCUGGACCACCUUUCGCCGUUCCACGACUGGCACACCUGCUACCCGGAGAGAAUUGUGUUCUACACCGCGACGAAUCCGCCGGCGCACGCGAAGACGCUGUCGCUGUUCGUUCAGCUCUCCCGCACCAACUACAUACCGUGGAAGAGGAUUGAAUUUCCCGUACUGCACGAGCUGCUGCAGAUGGCGGUAUACUUCCGGUACGGGCUGCUGCUGAAGCUGUGCGGGGUGCAGCUAAUCCACAUGUUCCGGGACAGCGCGAUCACCAUGAACAUGCUGUGGCGACUGACCCAGCUGCAGUUGUCCUUCGUGAACGACAUCAUCAAUUGCUACCAGGUGACGACCAUGGUUCGACCGGAGGUUGGCAGCCUAAGUGCAACCGAGCAGAAUGAUGCCGCCUUAGAAGAGAUCUUUCAAUCUCCGACCGCUUGA